GUAUUGCUAUUUUGUCUGGUCAUGGAAAGCGUGUCGCUUGUCCAUAGUUGUUGUUAAAUUUCUUUAGUUUGGUGAGACGAGCCCAAUGACUGAUCCUUCUUCUCAAUCUCUCGUUGUGUUUUGCUGAGCAAUGGAGGUAAUUCUUGAAGAGAUUUGUCUAUUACUGAGCCUUGCCAUUUCGUUUGUUCUACCAUCUAGUAUGAUGCUCUUUAUUCAUCACGAUGAAGGCUACGAGGUUCAUGGGACUCGGUCAAGAAGCAUAAACGUCGAAGAAGAUUCACCUACUUCAGUCACGUGUAAAGCAAUUGGAACAUUCCCAGCGACUGAAUUACAAUGGUAUCUUUAUAAUGGUAACAUUAUCAUUCUUAAAAUCACAAAGACUCGUAGUGUCGUUUCACAUGAUAAUUUGGUUGACACUAAAACUUCCAUCACAAUAUUACCAGGGAAGAAGGACCAUGGAAAGUACAUUCAAUGCAACGUAUAUAUUGAUGGCAAGUUUGUUGAUCAAGCGGUAGCCAGAUUGAUGGUGUACGGUCCACUGGAAGAUGUUAAAAUGAUGAUCCCAGAGGAUCUCAAAGACGGUAUACACACCAACAUAACCUGCAUAGCUUUCAAUGUAUACCCUGUUCCUGUCAUCCAUUGGUUCAUCGGAUCAAGAAACGUCACAGGCAAAUCAACCCUGAGGACAUCCAUCAACAGCGCUCAUCGAUAUGAUGCUGAAAGCACUCUGAUCCUCAUACCAAGUAGGUUUGACCAUGGGAAACGUCUUCUUUGCCAGGCAGUUCAAACUACAGCACCUUUGGUACCCUCAAACUCAGAUAUUAUCCAGGUUAUUGGCGAGAAUAUAACCCUUGUUUGCGCCUUCACACCUCCAUCCAGACAUCGAACGUUGUAUUGGCUGCACGUGGAUAACAAUAGGCUGAUCACAACCAGCGAUAAAGGUGAAGGAAUAGAACCUACACACGAGAAAGACAUUUCAGAUGAGUCCAAGUACAGUCUAAUGUCUGAUUCUUCAAGUGGAAACCUGACAAUACGUCGUUUAGGGGUAGAUGAUAGCGGCAUAUAUCGUUGCUUCGUUGCCACGUAUGUUGAUACAUUUUCAAGUUUAAUUGAACUGAACGUACUGCCACCAGUCGCAGCAAGUUCGGUGUCAAUUACAGACAACCGCUCUGACUACACUGAUGGAGAAUCAGUUACCCUUACCCUUGGCCAAACCUGCAACCUAACAUGUACAGUCCAAGGUGCUAGACCACUUCCAGAACUGGAGUGGCGAAAUCCUGGAGGAGUAAAUAUUGGUCUCGGGGAUCAAUUCAACACUGUUGAGGGUGAUGCCUUUACUUCUCGAAGAGGUAUCUUUAUAACUCCGUCAAGACACGAUGAUGGAAAGGUUUUAACUUGUGUUGCUUUACAUCGAGAGCUUGAUCGCAAUUUAAGUUCAACUGUUUAUGUAAAAGUGCAGGUUUCCCCUACUGAUCUACUGCUUACAACAUCUAAUGAAAUUACGAUCUCCAAGGCUGGAACAAGAAGCGUGACUAUCCCUGAAGACACAGUGACAUCAUUCAUCUGCACAAGUCUAGGAUCUCGGCCGACAGCAGUAAUAUCAUGGUAUGUUGGAUUAGAUGGAGAUCCCGGAAGGACGGCCUCUACGACUAGACCAAACCAGGAUGACCAAAACUUACGCGACACAGAGUCUUCGCUUCAGCUGAAUCCAAAGAGGAGUCACCACCAUCAUUAUCUUCGGUGUGUGGCCACUGCUGGUAUUAACCAACGUCAUACAGAAUUAAUGGUCCUGGUCAACGGACCACCUGAUCCUCCUAUACUCGAUGGAACACAAAGCUUACAGGAUGGUGUGUCAUCUAAUGUAACUUGUACAGCAAACAAUGGUUACCCAGAACCAACCUUCCGGUGGUAUCUUGGAAGAAAGAACGUCACCAGCACCUCUAAAAGACAGUCCACCUUGAAUACUUAUAAUCGAUUUGAUGCUAGAAGUGUUCUCACACUCGCCCCGAUGAAGGAUGAUCAUGGGAAACCUAUAGUUUGUCAGGUUUCUCAACCGAACGAUGCAUCUAUGAAGCCUCAGAGUGUUAAUACAGUUCUUCAUGUUCUUUAUCCUCCUGUCAUUGUGGACUACUCUAUUCGUCGGGUAUUUAAUAUUCAAGACAGCGUUGAUGCCAUUCUCACAUGUAGAUCAGAUAGUAGACCAAAAGCCGCAAUAACGUGGUUCUCGAAUGGUACUGAACUCAAGAACAGCGCCCUUCAUCAGAUCCAAUACAGGAUUCGAAUGCACUGUUAAAUUGUAAAACUGUUGGAAGAUCCUUGUGGAUCGUUGGAAAAAUCCUUUUUUUUUUUCUGGAAUGAAGUAAAUCUAUCUACAAACAAGAGAAACAGUUUUAUGUGAAAAUAGUUCAAUCUGUAUUUUGUGACAUCAUGUUAAAAUGUAUCUAUUAAAUACCAAUUAUUCUAAAAAUAAUUGUCAGGAUCAUGAAUACGACAAAACUAUAAAUAGUUGUAUUGAUAUAUAUUUAUAUAUAUAGUGCAUGAUUAAAAUUGAUGACAUCACUGUUCACAGAAAUAACAUGAAGGCCCGUUCCUAUUAUUAUAAUGAAGAUGUUUUACAAAAGGAUGAAGCAAUGUAAUUAAGAUAAACAAAUCGUCAGUCGGAGCGUAUUGUGAGUAUAUGCGGAUUACUGCCAAACGUCACAUUAUUUGCUUGUUGAUUUACCAUGUUAUUACGAAAGAGCACAAAACAUUAUUUUCAAAAUAUCACUCAACGUCAAGCUUCUAAUCCUUAAAACUUAAAACAAUUUGUCGUCUAAACUUGCCAUAUUUUUUUUUAACUAGGUGAAGGUAAGGUGCAAUACAGGUUUUUAAAAGUAUUGAAGAAGUGUCUUCCACAUCAUUCAAAAAGAAGAUGAAUAUAUAUAUUUUUUCGAAUAAUGAGCUAAUGGCCUCUAAACAGACAUCACUUAUUUCUGAACAUGUAGUGCAGUAUGUUACUCUCUUGAACGCAGUCUGCAUACACAGCUGAUCUACGGUAGAUAUGAAAUAAGCGAAUCAGUGUUCUUGACUUUUUUUUACUUUGUUUCAAUCUUUUCUUGAAAGAUUUUGAUCCUAUCAGUGAAAUGAAGAUAUGUAAAUGUUUGAUGCUCUGGGCAACAAUACAAUACAAAUAAUGCACAUUACUAAAUGUGUGGGUGGAAAUACAAUGUCCGCGAUGUUUAUUUAAGGGUCUGUCACAUCGUUUCAUGCAGCAACUUCCGUGCAAGCCUUGCGGGUGAUUGCCCGCAGCUCACCCGCAAAAUGUUUUGAGCAUGUUCAAAACUUUUCUGCGUGCAAAUCAGACAUGUGUGCGCUUCUGAGUGUGAGCUGCGCGGGAAAUACUCUCAACGCGUGUGACCUGCGGGUAGCAAAAAUAGUUACCCGCGAGUCUUACGCAAGGCUUGUGACUGGGCCUUUUGAUAUGGUCCGCACUGUGCGCGAUCUUUUAGAUGAGUGCUCAGUGUCAACCAUCGAAAGUGACUUGCUGUUUUUUAUUUGUAAUUUUACUAUUUUCGUUUUUUUUUUUUAAUACAUCCCUUCUAGUUGAUGUUUAUUCUCCGUCUUCCUCGUCAUUUGCCUUAUGCCUACACAGACAGUGCCUAUUACACUGCAUUACUAUGCACAUGAAGGAGGUGGGUUUGCAGAUAGUGACAAGUGUUACGUUCGAAUCGCCUUUUUACAAGAAAAUAACAUAUUUCAAGGUUGCAUCAAAUUUACUAACAACAAUACAAGUCAAAUCCAUACAUUGUGAUACAAUCUUUGAAUGUCUUUCAAAUCAAACGUGUCACAUUCUGCUGUUUUCUGAGUACCCAUAGCAUUGCAAUAAAUAAAAUGAUUGGAAGUAUAAUACUUUCAUGAUUAUUAUUCACCAUCUUUGCACGGAACCUUAUGUACCAGGUCUGUACCAAGUACUUGUCAGUGUUUACUAUACAAUAUUAUUGGCUCUUUAUUUCAACAGUAGCCUAUGUAUACUUUGUAAAUGUAUAAUUGGUGUGAUGUCACGAUGUUUCUUUCUCACAAAGCUCGAUUGAUAUAUUAG